AUGGAUUCAACUAAUGAACAAAGAAAGCGAUCCUCGGAGGAUCUUCCAGUUGAAGUUAUUCCGGCUUCAAAAUCUCAAAAAUUGGCAGUCGAGUCUACGGAAGACUCUGUACAGACUAUCAAGGAUUCUCAUGACUCUUGGAAGAAAGGAGUGGCUUCAAUUAAGAAGGAAUUUCUUGCUGAAGAUGGAGCGAGAAGUAAGCAAGAUGAUUUUGAUGAUGAUGAUGCAGAAGCCAGCCGAACAGCACGAGGAGAUGAUUCUAAGGGGAAGGGAAAGAACGUUAAACGUAAGGGUAAAAGACGUGGUCAGAACCAUGCCAGACAGCUGAUUCAAGCCCAUGAAAAUAUUAAAUUAUGUGCAUCUGUGGUUGAUCCUAUGGAUACCUUGCAUACCUGCAACUAUGGGGUGGAAAACUGCAAAUUUUCGCACGACGUCGAAGCAUAUUUGGCUCAGAAGCCGGAAGAUCUACCAGGAGAAUGUCCGGUAUGGAAAGAAUUUGGAUACUGUCCAUCUGGAUUGAAAUGCCGGUGGUUGGGUUCCCAUUACGAUAAGGAGAAGAAGGUGUUAAUUUACAGAGAUGAUUAUGUUCGGAAAAACGAACAGGAAGAACUAAACUGGAUAUCUGGUGGUGACAAAAACCUUCUUCAAAAAAGGAAGAUCUCCUUGGACAAGUCUGAACAGAUUACCGAAUGGCUGGACAAGAAUUACAAAGGAAAGACAGCAACCCAAGUGAGAGAAGAUGCCAAAGAACAUGCUGCAUCGUAUAUUGAAGCACCUUUCAAGAUUGGUGAAAAGAAGGACUUGAGAUUCAAAGAUUCAAAGAUUGUUGCACCUCUUACGACUGUCGGUAACUUGCCGUUUCGUAGAUUGAUGAGGAGUCUUGGAGCGGAGGUGACUUACUCCGAAAUGGCAUUAUGUCUUCCGUUGAUUCAAGGUUCUAAAUCGGAAUGGGCUCUCGUUAAAGCCCAUGAGACGGAAUAUCCUGGAUUUGGAGUACAGUUGGCUGCUUCUAAACAUUGGCAGACUAGUAAAGCUGUUGAGGCCAUUGCUAAACUUGCACCUAAUGUUUCUGAAUUCAACCUCAACUGCGGCUGUCCUAUUGAUAUGUUGUACAGAAAGGGAGAAGGAUCGGCUAUGAUGGAAAAUCCCAACAGGAUGAUCCGGGUUUUAAAAGGAAUGAACUAUUGUUCUGGGGAAAUCCCAGUUACCGUCAAGCUAAGAAUGGGUAUUAGUAAUGAGAAGCCCUUGGCGGAGCAGUUGGCGCACAAGUUGCUUGCAGAGGGAGAUGUUGGUGCCAUUACCGUUCAUGGAAGAUCAAGAAAACAGAGGUACGCCAAAGAAGCUGACUGGGAUUAUAUAGGAAAGGUUGGACAGAUUGUUAAGGACUAUAAUGAGCAACAGGUGGAAGAUAAAGAUGCCUCUGAUAGACAUCCUGUUUAUAUGGUCGGUAACGGUGAUUGUUACAGCUAUGAAGAUUAUAACAGUGCGAUCAAAAGACCCGGAGUCGACUCUGUGAUGAUUGGAAGAGGGGCAUUGAUCAAACCAUGGAUCUUUGAAGAGAUACAAGCACAGCAGUACUUGGAUAAGUCUGCUUCAGAGAGGUUGGACAUAGUGAAGAAUUACGCUCAUUACGCCGUGGAUCAUUGGGGGUCUGAUGAGUUCGGCAUCAAUACAGCCAGACGAUACAUGUGUGAGUUCCUCUCUUUUACGUAUAGAUACAUUCCAGUUGGUAUUUUAGAGAGGCUGCCUCCUAAACUAAACCAGAGACCUCCUCCUUGGAAGGGUAGAAAUGAGCUGGAAAGCUUAUUAGGAUCUCCCGAUUAUAAGGAUUGGAUAAAGAUUACAGAGCUGUUCUUGGGAAAGGCAGAUGCUGGUUUUUCGUUCAUUCCAAAGCACAAGAGCAAUUCGUACGAAUGA